AUGAACCCAGAGUUCAGGCGCAAUCUGGGUGUGAAUGAGCUUGUGGCCGGCGCUCCUCUGAUAACCCCGUCUCCCACCGACACCAUGCGCACCACUGCUGCGAGACCGAACCGCCCGAUCUUAGGACCCGGAGUGUCUGGGGAGCCGGCUGGAGACGAGAAGACCCAGCCGAUCGUUCGGAAGCGAAGAGGGGGCAGUCGCAGAGCGUGUAACGAGUGCAAGCAGCAGAAGCUGCGAUGUGAUAUCGUCCAAGCUCCCUCAGCAGCGUGCUCUCGCUGUAAGAGGCUUAAUAUAGAAUGCAAGGUUGAGUCGUCGUUCAAGCGGAUAUCUAAACGACGACGCAAUGCCGAAAUGGAAAAGGAGAUUGCCGAUCUUCGUCGUCGGCUGGCAACCGGUGAAUACCCUAGGGAAUCUCUUGACUCAAACACCAAUGACGAAGAGAACGAUUCGUCGGGUGAAGUGUACUAUGCUCCCCAUUCUCCGCCUGCCUCGUCGCGAGCUCAGUCCCUGUCAGUCUCUGUCGACCAACAGGCAUCACCGAUGAGACGGCCUACGGUACCUCAUACUUCCAGCGAACCUGUUGUCUCCCAGGGCAACAACGUAUGGAGUCUAGAGGAUAUCUCGCUGUCGAAACCGCGCAUUACUCGACUUUUCGAUCAGUAUUUCAAAUUCUACCACCCAUUCCUUCCGCUAUUGGAUCCUACAAAAGGUCCCGAAGAAUAUUUCAGUUGCUCUGAAAUUCUUGCCUGGACUAUCAUCUGCGUAUCUAGCCGUCGCUGCCCUUAUGAGUCCGGCCUAUUAGUAUCUCUAUCAGGCCCUUUUAGUCGACUGUUGUGGGCAAGUAUCAGUAGCGUUCCACAGAACUACCACGUGGUUCAGGCGCUCUGUCUACUUUGUACAUGGCCCUUACCGACUACCAGUCAAAAAAGCGAUCAGACUUUUAUGCUCAGCGGUUUAAUGAUGAAUCUUGCGAUGCAGCUUGGUUUACAUCGCCCUGUUCAGCCGGAGGAGUUCACGACAUUCCGAAUGGAGGUUAGAGGCGAGGAAUUGAAGGACCGACUGCAGACGUGGUUCCUUUGCAACAUCGUGGCCCAAAAUGUUGCCACCGGGUAUGGCCAGCCUCCCAGCACGAUAUACGAUUGGGCAUUGGAACCGGCUUCUCUCAGGGCUGCCGAUUACCGUCUGCCAGAGGAGUUGAAGGUUCGGCUGCGCAUUGAGAAGUUUUGUGAUCGAGUAACCAGAAGUUUAUACAAUGGCCGACCAGAGCCAUCAGAAUUCAUCAGCAUGGAGAAAUUGCUUCUGGUCGGUGUUCUAGAGGAGGAGUUGAAAGAGAUGGAAUUAGAUUAUGCAGACAACAUUUCACAAAUCAACUUGAUCCAUCUACGAGCUGCGAAUCUACAUUUACGAUAUUUUGUAUUCCUUAGCUCCAAUCCCCGCAGCGAUGACCUCACGAACCUCUUUCUAGCAACGACAUCAUUUCUAGGACGCGUUUUAGAACUGGAAACAUCACCUGGAAACCUACUCAUCCACGCCACAAACUACAUUCUACAGAUGAUAGUUUCCGCGGCUUUCGCUUUGAUGAAACUUCUGAAAAGCCCCUUUGCGCGACAAAUCGACAUUGACCACGGCAAAUUCCUCUUCAACGGGGCCAUCUCAUCAAUCCGGAGAAUCAGCGUCGUCGACAACGACCGCCCUGUGCGUCUCGCCAAUGUCAUUUCCCAAAUGUGGAACUCAGGGAGCUCGGGCGACGAUUCGCUUCAUUUGGGGAUUCGUAGUCGGAUGAGCAUGAGCCAUGUAUACGACACAGUCUGGCGCUGGCGCCGACGGUUCAAGCAGCACAAGGUGGCUGACGAGGGCCAGGUCGCCUCAUCCACCCAAAACAACAAUUCAACCGGUGUAAUCGGGUCACAUCCCGAACAAGCCCUCAACGACCCGAGUCUGAUGCUAUCGACGAAUUUCGACGAUGCAUUCAUGAACGAGGCCAGCUUUUCAGACGUUUUUGACUCACUGAAUUGGGUUUUUGAUGGAAUUCCAGAGUCGUUUAUUGCGCCAUCUGGGAUGUAA